AUGACGCUCCCGUGUAAAUGCCCAGCCCCAACACCAACACCAUACCAAACACUGCUACUUACCACCUCCACGGCGAUUGUUUCAAAGUACAUACAUAUUCCUCGCGAGACCACAUCUGCCUACUACACUAGCUACCGGUAUUGGCUGCCCUUUAUAUCCACGUCUCCAGGUUCAACACCGGCUAUAGUACCGACGAGUUAUAAAGAAUGUGAAGGAAGUAACUACUUAGUAGGAGAAAUGAACUAG